AAGCAUCGGCAUGUGUCCAUGAUGAGAAAAGUCGAGUGGAGGGGAGUUGUUAUUUGAACAUGAUGCAAUUAAUUAAUUUAAUGAGAAUUCUCAAGAACCAAGGAAGCGGUAAAUAAUUAAAUAACGGACUUCAUUCAGUGGAGAUAUUCGAAUAUCAGUUGCAAAUGGAGAUCCAGUUCGGUUUAACAGGUGCAUCAUUUUGAGAAGACACCCCCAGGAUAUUGGUUUUUAGCUAAAUUUGCAUCGUUGUAAUACUGACACAGCUGAUUAAAAGAUUUCUGUAUACUCGUCAAAAAGUCUGGUUAGCUAUCAGUUUUUUUAAAUGGCUAAGAAUAGUAUGUAAUAAUUCUUAGAGAGAAUGUGAAAGAAUUUUAUUCCACUUUUUGUUCUGUUCAUUUGGAUUAAAGCUCUAAUUUUGGUUUGCGUCAUCAAAUGUAACAGAUGUUCAGUCGAAAUUUGUCUUCCUGAAAUGGCAACCAUAAUGCAUUACAACGAGUUCUAAUUUAUAAUUUUUGGCAAUGCAAAAAUAAGAAGCAAAAUUCUAAUAAGUCACAAAGCUUGAUAUCUUCAAGAAAUCUUUAGCAUCAAUACAUUAUGAAUGUUUUCUUUUGAUUUUUGAAUAUUUUAAGCUUUAAAGAGUGUUUGCUAGAACGUAACGUUCGGGAAGUAGCACUAAAAAUGGCUCGAUCUCAUUCUGAUGUUUAUAAUAGAGAAAGGAUAUCUUCUGAAAGAAAGGAGGAGGAUGCUGAAACAAACGAGGAUCGAUCCAACAAUGAACAAGAGAAUGCAGUCAAACAGGAGAUGAACCAUGAUUCAUCUUCUGGUUCUGAAAAAAUGCGAGAGUCAUCUGAUAACGACUCAAAGCAUAAAGAAGCAUUUUCAGCUCACUCUGAGCAUCUCGCAACUCUAACUAAUAUGAGUGAGCAUCUUCAUUACCAUAAAUUUAUUUCUAAUGACAAAUCAUUAGAUCAUCAUUCGAAUUUCCGUGAUGAGCAGCCUCAUAUUCAUCAUCCUCCUGCCCAUUCUGGAAACUCUGGACAUAUUCACUUACGCCAUGGAGAUCACAUGUACACGAACUUCCAUCACUCCAAUUCAGAACAGAUUAAAAAUGAUUUGGAUGCUCGAUCUUCCUCGAUGAAUAGCCAUUAUGAACAUUCCAUUCAGGAGAAUAUCGCUUCUCUUUCCCAUCAGCAUAUCCAAAACGGGAACAAUCAAGAAGACGCCCAUCUAAGUCACAUCCAGCAUCAAUAUUCCAUAACGGACAGCGAUGGCGUCACACAUUUAAUUAACUUGCAGAAUCACCAGCCAACAAUGGUUCAUCAAGAAAGUCAAAAUUUAUCAUCCCAUGACAAAGGCGACCAUCAAACACGUGAAGAAGAGAAUCAUGAUCUUUCACCUCAGAUGCAUCAAAUGAGUCACAAUUCUUCCCCAAAAGACAACGAACCCCAUGUUCAUAACUUGAGUCUUCCAAAUUCAGAAAAAAAUAAUCCAGAGUCUCAAAUGGCGCAGCAACACGCAUUGCAUCGACAAAGCAUGGAUUCGUGCAAUGACAUUAAUGUUGAAUCCCAUUUAGUGCAUUUGCAACAAUCAGACGAGCCUUCUAUGCAAGACAAUGCUGACGUUGAUGCUCACUCAUCUGUCUUACACCACCGUCAACUUCUGCACUCUGGAACUGGUCUAGACAGUGACCUCCAACACAUAGAUCAUGACCAAGAUGAUGCUCAACAUCAAGCAGUGCCUCUCAUCCACGACAAAGACUUAUCCUCCGAAGUUAUACACCACGGAACGGAUCUCUCACAUCGUUUGAGUUUGGACUUAUCUGGCACUUCCCACAAUUCCUUUCCGCACAUAAGAAGUCCAUCCUCACCAAGAGAUAUCUUCGUCGAAAGGCUGGGGUACACAAACCUGUCUUCUGACUUUGGUAGGACGCUUUCAAAUCUCAACGAUUCUCCAGAUACUGCUGUCGAAAAUCUGCCUUUGAGAAGUAUCCUAACAACAUCUACUAUUAAUUACCUCCAACCAACACCUAUGGUUACUCAACGUGAUUUGGGAAUCGAUCCCAAUGGUCUGCAUGCUGUUACAAAUCCAUCAAUUACUUAUCAUCACUUACCUGAUAGCAACGAUAAUCCUGUAACUCCGACUAAUAGCCCACUGUUCUGUACUGGAGUGAAUGCUUCGUCUUCCAAAUUGCUGGGGCUAUCGGCUUAUCGCAACCACGAUAAUAAUAAUGUUAAUUCUCUGAUGUGGGGACAAGUGGGUGAAGAACUAGUACCCAAAUCCUCCCCAUUACCUCUAUCUAUAUCUGGAUCAAGCAUGCUGUCCAGAGCCAGUGUGUCAGGACAUGCAUCUUCAUAUGUUUCAGAUUUAAGCACCUGGCCAGGAUAUGAUACAGCACAGAACAUUCAAGUGCAGCUAUCUCACUCGGCAGGGGCGUCCCCAGCGAGCGAUUCCGAUCUGUUCACCGGCCUCGAAAGUCGCGAAUGUGUGAACUGCGGCGCUAUAUCGACGCCCCUCUGGAGGAGAGAUGGCACGGGACACUAUCUCUGCAACGCUUGCGGCCUCUACCAUCGCAUGAACGGCAUGAACAGGCCUGUGGUCAAAAACCAGAAAAGAUUGUCUGCUUCGCGGCGAAUGGGUCUGUACUGCUCAAACUGCCAAACCACCAACACUUCUCUCUGGAGAAGAAACAACCAGGGAGAGCCAGUGUGCAAUGCUUGCGGUUUAUAUUUCAAGCUUCAUAAAUUGAAUCGCCCUCUGACCAUGAAGAAAGAUAACAUCCAAAGGAGGAAGAGGAAGCCAAAGGCAUCAGAAAUGCGGGGGGAACGUGACAACAGCCCUAAACAACCCUGGCCAGCCAUCAAGCAAGAAGUAACUGAUGAUUCCGGCUUCAGUCUGUCUCCUAAGUAUUCAGAAGCAAAUAUGUUGGGGCACAACUUCUAUGUCUACCCAAACCCACCUGCUUCUACCCCGAGAACUCUGCCCAUGUUCACCAGUGCCAAAGAUUCCAAAACAACAAUCAUACAGCAUUCACUUGGCCAGCACAACGCCUUGCCGUUCCUCUUAACACAGAGCCAGACCGGAGACAGCCCCGAACCCGGACUGUCCUCUCCGAGGCCGGACUCCAACAAUGACUAUCCUGUUUCUCCGCACAGGAUGGCGUUGCAUGGACAGUCAUUGGAAAGUCCCGGAGGUUUUGAAAAUGAAACCAUUCUUCACUGAUUCUCAAACCAAUUUCGCCUUUCACAACGAGAUAAUUAUUUUUUAGAUUUUGUUUGCAAGAAAUGGACAGAAAAACUGAAAGUGCCUUAUUUUUGACCAUGAACCAGAAAGACACUGUUAAAGCUGAAGAACUAAGCAGCCGUCCUUUAAUAAAAUCUCACAUUCUUAUCUAUCGCAUUUUGUUUUAUGAAAAAGUUUUAAGACGAAAUUAUACAAUAUAUUUUUUUAAAAAUUCUAUAGAUUAUAUUUUGAAUCAUUAAUCUAAAAAUUGUUUUUAUUUCGAUAUUGUUUUGAAAAUUUUUAAAACAAGAUAUAAUAACUUAUUAAACUAAAGAUUUUGUAUACUAUGUUUGGAAAUUGUAAUUUUUAUCAAUAUAUAAAUAGUCUUUAUUUUGAUUAUAUGCUUUAUAUGUUGUAAGAUAACAGAUAUCUAUUAAGAUAUGUAUAAAAACUCUGCUCGUAUAACAAAUGACAUUAUGGAACUUGCUUUAUUGAUGUAACUGUGUACUGUGAUCUUUAUAAAUGAUGUAACUAGUGGUUUGGUUCACAUUUCCAGAAUACCUACAGCGAAUUAAUGUAAUAAUAUAUUCAUUUCGAUGUAAAAAACAAAUUUAAAAUGUAAUAA